GGGCUUGGCAUUAUGCAUCCGCCGGCCGCUGACAUAAACCACCUUCCCUCCAAGGGCAACACCCAACUCCAUCUAUUAGCCUUAUUCCCUGAACAAAUGAAAUACCCUUCCCGUUUUUGGUGAAUAGCACCAACCUCUCCUCUCGAUAAUACCAAACAGAUCAACUGCUCACCGGCGGGGUGGAAACCACCCAACACGGCCCCGCGCAUCAAGGCCCCAGCCUAACCUUCCCUCCACGAAACCACCACUGCCCCCACCAACCGCACAAUGUCCCUCAUAAACUAUCGCACCGUCGAUGUCGACAGCAUCGACCCAGACUCCUCCGUAAACUUCCCCCUAGAGACCCUUUUACCAGGCAACAUUCCUGCACCCACAACCUCCAGCACGGCCGCUAGCAUCGGCUCGCAGGUCCGCCAACUGCUCCGGUCCGGCGACUCGGAGGGGGCAUUGCGCCAUGUACUUGACACAGCGCCGUUGGGCGGCGAUGAUAGGGCGAAGGAGGUCCAUUUAGCUACCGUUGUAGAGGUGUUGGGGGGCAUAAGACAGGGAGAGAUGACGAGGGUGCUUGAGGGCGUGUGUGCUGGGGAUGGCGGGGCGGAGAGAGGGGAUUGUUUGAUGAAGUACUUAUAUAAAGGGAUGGCUUCGCUUUCAUCUGGGAGCCUCUCGCCGUCGAAGAAAUCAUCGCUGUCACCACAGAGUACUGGAUUUUCACAAAUACAGGGCCGGAAUCUUGGGGAGGGAGGCGGCGGACAACAAAUGAGCGUAUUCUUGAGCUGGCAUGAGAAAUUGGUUGAUAUUGUUGGGGUUGGAUCAAUUGUUCGGGUCAUGACAGAUCGAAGGACGGUUUGAAAGAAAUAACGGGAGGAAAAGGCUAUUCUAAGGGAGAGGGGGGGGGGGGUCAUGGAUGUAAUUUUGCUAUUUACAGGAGCGCUAGGUAGGUAAAAGUUCUCUUUGAGCAGUUAUUAGUUCAAACAUAGAUCUCAAUGAGGAGCAUCCUCUUUUACUCGCAGAAUUUCCCAUUACCAGUGAGCUAUUCAAGGAAAUGCCACGGGUGCUUAAUUUCACCCUUGCCCAAAGUCGCCUCCUCCAAGUAUAUCCUUCAGAUUCACUUCUCCGCUUCCACGAGCCAGAGGCUGCUUCUGCCCUGCCCCUUCUUUCCAUCCAAUCAUAUAUAUCAACCUGAACGUAGCAGGGAUCCUUUCCCUUCCCUCUUCCCCAUGUAGCUCCCUAUAUAUAGCAUCACAAGCUAGCAAAACAUCCCUUGAUAUCGGCCCAGCCUCACGUCGCAGAAUCGCGUUAUUCUCGCCCAUUGCCUGUAAAUCAGUCAUCAAAGCAAACGUGUC